AUGUCAGACGCGUCAAGGAAGGUGAAAGAGGUGACCAAGGCUCUGCAGGACACUGUCGGUGUUGGUGCUUCCACAACAUCACCACCUCGCUAUACUCCUACAACACCAUCUCUACAAUGCCAUCAACACUAUCACAGAACGUUCUUAAACGUUCUCUUAAUGUUUACGCGACAAGUUUCGAAAUUUAUUGGGUGUCUUGGAAGCUAG